AUGAAAGAUGCAAGGAUAGCUGAGGAGAAGAAAGCAGCGAGUGAGAAAGCAAAGCUCAUGUUAGACGCUGCACAAAGGACAAGAAAUUUGGCUGAAGAGAAGGCAGCAGAGGAGCGGAAGUCUAUAGAAGCCGCUCAUGCGAGAGCCCUACAGGAAGCGAAAAAAGCGGCGGAAAAAUUAGAGAAAGCAAAGAUACGUGCACCAAAGACGAGUGCGCCCAUUAUCUUCCAUGAUCCCGUCGGUCGUAAGUUCGAAGGCCCCUGGCGUUUGUGUAGCACGUGGAAGGGGAUGGAAGAAUUCCUCCAGGAGAUCUGUGCUGGAUCAGCAGAGGUCCUCAGGCUAAAGAUCAGCGGACAGUACGACCUUGUCAGAGGCGACGACGUCAUCAUCCUGCAGGGGUUGUGGGACAGCAUGGUUGUUCCUGGAUCAUCAAUAACGAUGCGCGCCAGGACUUCAGCCGAGAAGAAAGUUCCGUGGUUUCGUAGGUCAGUAGGAAAGGGAAGUGGCUAA